UUUAUAAUUGAUUUUAAUUUAUUUUUUUCCUUUUAUUAACAAAUAAGAUAACAUUUUUAGACUAAUUAGAUAUUAUCUUAAAACAAUGUGGCAUAACAUACAAGAGGACCCGCCAUAUCUGCUAUUAUCCAGAGAAGUAAAAAGCUAUGAAGUUUACGUUACAGAUUACAUUUCCAUAUGGUUUGUUUACUUCAAGAAAAAUGACUUUUUGGAGUGUUUAAAGGACAGCAACUUUGGUCUCGAAGUGGAACCAGAGGAGUUAAUUCAGAAAGGUGCUAAGCUUUUAAAACAACCAACUAACCUCAGGAAGUUGGAAGUGAAAAAAAGUGUUUCUACUUUAGACAUUUCAAUUACCAAGUUAUUUGAAUACCCUUUGCAGUUGAAACUGAAACUUUCAGAAGGAUCAAAAGAAAUGUUUUUUCAAAAUGUGUCUUAUAUGCUACUGAAAACUGUAGCAGAUUUAAAAACUAGUCAGCAAGAGCUUAGAGAUCUAUUAAAAAAGAAAGAUGAUGAGAUAGAAGAAUACAAAAGUGAAGGAAAGGAGAUAGCAUUAAGAUAUUUAUAAACCAAACAAUUCAAUGAUGAAGAACAUAUGAGACAGCAUCAAGUAGAUAAGGAAUGUGCUGACCUGUUAAACAUUCCGAAUACAUUAUUAGACAAAAUUGCUGCUGCCACUCAUAGAAAUGAAGCUAUGUCUAGACUCUGCACAGACGCAGUACUGUGUCUGAAGCAAACUGUCCGCCAUUACACCGAUAGACGGACAGCAAUCUAUGCUUGUUUCCUUGACUUUAAGAAAACCUCCAACCAAAUACCCUACGACAAACUUUGGCAAAAAAUGAGAUCUGAACCCGUCGUUCCGGAUGAGAUUGUUGUGAUGUUGGAAUAUUUUUAUAAAAACCAAUUAAACACGAGACCACGACCUCGGCUCUUUAAUCCGUACCUUUACUGUCUCUUCGAUCAGCUCAGCAACGCCAGAGUCGGCUGCUGCAUACAAGGAAAAAUCAUAAACCAUAUCAGCUUCAAAGAUAAUUUGGUUUUGCUGGGUCCUUGGCCUAGUGCAAUAAUAAAACUCCUACAGAAAUGUGAGGAUUAUGCUAAGGAAAAUGGAUUUAGGUUUAAUGUAAAUAAGAGUAAAUUGUUAGUGUUCCAAAGCCCACGUGGCCGCAAGAUAACGAUGGUUCCACACGUGUAUCUACAUGGUACGAUAUUAGGAAAAGUGUCGCGUUACAAAUACCUUGAUCACUCGCUGUCUGAGUAUCUUUCUGAUAGUGAUGAUUUUUCAGAUAUGGACAGUGAUGAGUUUUCUAAUAGCGAGAAUUUUUCGGACAGUGAGGACUGAUAAUAUUGAGCGUGAACAUAGAAUGUUUUUUUUUUAUGUCUGUCUGCAUUAUUGUAUUAAAACAGCUAGUGUGUGUAUAAACUUUGACUUCUAGAGAGCGGGAAAACUUGAAAAAUCUCAACAUUAAGCAGGAGCCAACUACGCCGUCCGGGAGCCAAAGCGCAUCCUGUAUUUCCAGCGACGUAAAGGUAGAACCUCAGAACAAGUCAUUUAGUCCGAGAAAGAAACGGAGGCAAUUACUAAAUUAUUAAUUUUUGUAGAAGUAGCUUAGUCAGGUAUCGUCAUCUAAUUAUAAUCUUGUUUCUUGUCGUGUACAAGGUAUAACAAAAAUUGUGGGGAUCUGUUUAAGAGCAUAUUCGAUACCUAUCGUGUUCUGAUUAGCGUGUGCCUUAUUAUACUGGUAACUGCUGGUAUAAUAUUGGUAACUGAUUUGUCAAUCGUCAGCGUUACACCAUCAGAGUUACCGCGUAACCGUACAACGCCACCUACAUUAGGUGUCUGUCAAAUUCGAAGCAUAAAUUUGUCUUAGGUAUACUUAACACAUCUUAUACCAACAAUCAACGAAACUUUGCUUAGGUUUUGCUUCUCAUAUACAUAUAGGUACGUAUAUGUAGUUAUCUCUAGGCUACAAGUGUACAAGAGUAUGAUUAAAAUUAAGUGCAUCAACAAUUUAUUUAUUGUAUUUAUUGUGGACCUGUUGUAAUAUGCAGUUGUCACAUUCUUGUACAGGAGUAGGUAAAUAAAAGGCAAAUUGCUGUUUAUAAUAAAACUUUACUAGGUAUAUAGAACUGUAUAAACUAAUGAUUUAGUUGUGCUAGUGUAAAAUUGUUACUAUGAAUGAAAUUCAUUGGAGAUAGGCUUUAACUCUUUGACUAAGUACUACCUGUUAGUAAAAUUUACCUAAUAAAAUAUCGAUAAGCAAGAAAACUACGUAAGGCGGCCCAUUGGAUGCGGAUCCGUUUGCGGCUCCGGUGUGCCUCCAUCGUUAAAUCCUCCUAAGGCUCACCAUAGCAUAAAGAAAUUCUUAGAGUGCUCACUCCAUACAUCAAUUUUGAUACCAAAACGACUAUCAUUUUCGCAGUCGACAUCUAGCAUCGAGUAGCGGAAUUAUCAGUAGGUACCGUUUAAGUUACUCUAUGGUUUACAAUAUGUGCUAGUGCUGCACUCUGGCGGCAGAACAUUGCAGUAAUACCCCCUAUAACAAUGAUUCGUAACAUUAUCGCGAAUAAAUAGGCCUAAUAAAUAACAACUAAUUUCAAGGUGUUUCUGACUGUCCAGCAGCCGUGGGACCUGCCCUUUUUGGUUAGGCACCUAAAUUAAUUUGAUUGGUGCUUUUUUGGUUACCAAUCACUGUGUGUUUCGCCGUACUUAUGUGUUUAAUUAUAACUAUAGCGUUACGCAUAUUCUUAAUAACAUCAAAGUUUAUAUAUCUCCAAUGUAAUUACAUUAAUUGCAACUUGUGAUCGUUGAUGAAUAUGAAAUUUUAUAAUAAAUACAUUAUUUAUAGAACAAUUUUAUUAUUAAAUUCGUACUUAGGUAUGUGCAUGUAAUUAUGAUUGAGCGGGUUACGUAGGUUCUUUCUAUAGAUAUUCAUUUAACAUUACGGCUACAGUGGAAAUUUACAUAACCUUUUACACU